GGAAAAAUGUCCUUUUUCCUCCAGCAUGAUGAAGCAAGGUCCAUAAAGGCCUGGUUGGAUAAGUUUGGUCUGGAAGAAUUUGACUAGGCUGCACAAAGCCCUGAUCCCACAUCAGCCACCGCUGGACUGGAAUGGAUCAAAGUUCCCACAGACACACGUGAUGAUGUAAAGGCUUGACCUGAAAGACAAUAUGAGUCAUAUAUGUCACCCAUUUGUGUAUUUCAGGCUGUAGAACUGUUUUUCCUCUGUGCAGGGCUAACCGCAUAGGAAGUUUCACAUCAUACUGCAAGCACUUUAAAGGACAGAAGCAGCAAGUGAAGGCGACACAUUACAUUUGCAUUUGUGUUUGUUUCAUCAGUGGAUUUCUUGGAAGGUUUUUCACAGCAGAGUUGGCUUCCUAUUUUAGUCUCUGCUGAAAUCAGUUGUGCCAUGCAGAAAGGAAGAGAGGCUUGCAACACGUGGAGACGUUUGCAAACGGUCUAGAACAGCCAGGGAGUCCACAUGAAGUGAGGUCGCUCAAAGCAUGUAAGUACCAUGAAGAAACACACCAUUUGAAUCCAUUUUGUUGCACUUGUCGUUUCGCUGCAUGUGCGCAUACAGCAUUGUGUGGAGCACGUGAUGUGCGUAAAUCCACAUGCAUGUGUCCAGGGCAGAUCACAGUCCAGUUAACGGGACAGCAGCCAUUCCAUGGAGGAGCAGCAAGAGGAACGCGUCUCUCCUCGAGCACCUUCGAAGCUGUCAGAACGCCUGGUGCCCCGUGGCGCCCUGGGAUAGAGAGCAGGCCCAUUCUGCCCUCUGUGGAACACCUGCUGGGAGCUUUGUGGUGGUGCGGGAUGGUUUGACAUCUCUGCCCAGGUUGCUGUGCGUGUCUGCACAAGGAGAGGAUGAAGCGGUACUCGAUUAUAAGAUCACAUGCACGGGCACAGUCUUCCAGCUGUCUGAGUCGUGUCUUUCUUUCUCGGAUUUGGCUCAAUUGGUGUUCUUCUACUCUCUGAGCAGGGACGUGUUGGCGCUCUGCCUAAAGAUACCUCGUUGGAUCUCCAAUGUAGCAGAGCUCACCAAAGACUGUCUUUCUCAGCUUCAACCCAAAGCCUGGCUCAGCACACCGCCUGACCAGAUGUCUGAUGAUGGGAACCAGUUGGAGCCAAACCCCAUAAUGUGCUCCAUACAGUUAACCUCCACCAACGGGGCUUUGUGUGUCAUCAACCCACUCUAUCUUCUGGAGCAUGGAGAUGAUUGGCUUACACAUCAGGCAACUAGUGUGCAGUGCACCACACAGCCGCCGCAUUACAGGCGAGAGAGGCGCCUCAGUUCCACGCGAACAUGGGCCGGGGCAGGUCUGAGGAGCAAAAGAGCCAUCUCCUUGGACCACGAAGCGGUCUUUGGCAGCACUGAAUGUUCAGGUCUGGUCAGAGCCAAAUCAGAAGAAACCCCACCAUCCUCAUCAAUGUCAGCCACCCAAGGAGGUGUUGUCCUCAGGAGGUCCAGCCAAAGUUCCACCUCCAGCCUUUCUAACAGAGGUAGCACAGGGAGCUUGCCUCCCUCUACGACUGAGCUACAGAACCGUGGCAGCCCUGGACCUCAGUCCCCUCACAGGGUCUCGUGGAUUGAAGAUGGAUUCUGGCUGCCGCCACCCACCAGGCCUUCUUCUUCCCUUCAUCCACCAUCCCCUGAGCUCGACUCACUGUCUAUCAGCAGCAUAGAAGAAGAGCAGGAGCAUCGGCCGCCGAGCCCCAUGUCCCACCACCCGUCAGCCCACCGGCUGGCUGACAAAGUCAUAAACCGCCUCUCAGCGGUGGGCCAGGCUCUCGGCAGCCUGGUGUGUCAGAAGAGGAGGCUGACCAACCGCGUUCUGGAGCUGAGCGACAGGAAACGUGGACCGUUUGCAACGGCCGUGAAAGAAUUUGUGGAGGUGACGCUGCAGCGAGGAACUGAUCCCGGUGGCUUCACAGGGUCGGAGUUCUUACAGGAAGUGAGGUCAUUGCUUACAUCACUGAGAGAGACUCUCUUGGAUUACCCUGACAUCCAGGCACUGCUGGACAGUAUGACAGACCUGAGUGACUCAGAGAUCGACCCCCUGGUUGAGAUCUCCGUGCAUAAGGUGGCCUUAAAGCCCGUGUCGGCUCAUCUUUACUCCUGCAUUCACAUCUGGCGUACGAAUGACGGAAUUUUGCAGCGUCUGGAACACAAUCAGCAUGUUCUGGAAGACAACGGUGUGGAGGCACUAGGAGGGGCGUCGGGCGUUGGAGUCCCAGACUCGGUCACCCUUGAGCGGAUACAGCAAAGGUGGACAAGCAUGCAUGAGGCCUACUCCCCCAACAAGAAGGUCCACAUCUUGCUCAAAGUCUGCAAGAGUAUCUACCACAGCAUGAGUGCCAAUGCCAGCUCAGAUGUGGUGUUGGGCGCUGACGAUUUCCUGCCGUGCCUGACGUGGGUGCUGUUGCGUAGUGAACUGCUCAGCUUGCAGAUCGACACGGACUACAUGAUGGAGCUGCUGGACCCCACACAGCUUCAGGGGGAGGGUGGCUACUACCUUACAACCUUGUACGCCGCCCUUUACUACAUCAGCAGCUUCCAGCCACGCUUGGCCGCCCGUCAACUUAGCGUUGAAGCCCAACACUCUCUCAGCCAAUGGCAUCGUAGGCGCACCCUGCACAGCAACCAAUCCCGUCACAGUAAGCGCAGACAGACCAUUCGCAGACACGCGUGUCCUGAGAAGGCAGUGCAGGUAGGUGAGGAAGACACUGGGGAAGUAGGAGGAAGUGUGAUGGAGGAGCAGCAGACGGAGAUGAACACAGACGAGAUGGUGGACUCUGAACAAGCUGGAUGGGCCGGAAGGUGAAGAGGACACCGAAUGAUAACUGGAUAAAAUAUGUGCAAAUUAUAUGCUGGGAAAUGGUCAUAUACAGUGCAUCUUAUUAUACAGUUACAAUACACACCAUGCACAUGAAUAACCCUUGUAUUCUCCUCACACUGAGACUUUAACUUGACAGCAUACAUCCAGCAACAUGGCAUUGGUGAAUUUGUAGUAUUACAUUCUUAACAGGGCUGCCAAAAUACGUUAACGGCGGUAGCUAAUUUAUUGCAUUAAUUACGUUCAAUUUUUUUGCGUAAUUAAGAAAUGCGCAUCAUAUGGAAGCAUCGUAGCGUUCCCACACUGUCACACAAAGUCUGACGCUCCUUAAUAAAUUUAUUGUGACCCGAACACAUCAACAGCAGUGCAGUUCCAUCAGCAUAUACUGAAAGUACCUCCAACUCACAAAACACGUCUCUAGUCCUCCUCUGGACGACACUUCCUCAUUGUCACGAGGACCGCGAGAUGCAUUCAAGGACACUCCGAAAAUCACAAUAAUGUAAUUAUGCGCGUAUGUGUGGUCUAAAUAAACGGAAAGACAAAGAAAAACAAUAAGUGGAUAUUCUUAUCUCUCACUAACAUAACUCUUACGGCUGAAGUACAAUUUUGAUGCAUUUAAUUAUGUUCGGAAAUCCCAGAAAAUAGGUCUACAAUCAAAACGUGAAUUCUACUUAAAUUACUAAUAACGUUUCAUUGCUCACAAUAACACGGUUAAAGUGUGAUUGAAACGUUGUGCUUCUAUUAAAGAGACUGGUGUUUGCACACAUGCCUGAAAAUCGAUUUGCCUGUCUUUUAGCAUCAGUUACAUUUUCAGUUCAUUUGGCGCUGUUAAAACAUACAAAUGUAUAUGUACUGUAAUUGUGUCCUGUCAGGUAUCUUUUUGUUCAUCAAAUACAAUAAAAAUGGGCAUAUUUCACACAUA